UCUGUCGCGGAGCAGCCACUCGGCUGCUUUCGGGCUGGGAGCGGGAGCCAGCCGGCUCGCGGGGCCGCAAGGCGGAGAGGAGGCGAUGCGGUGCAAUCCCCGGAGCACCCCGGGGACUCCGGCACGACCCCGGGGCCUCUCGAUAAGCUCCGUUCCCUCGACGGAGGGCAGGAGCUCCCCGCGCCCCGGGCCGGUGUCUGGGGCUCCGUGAGAGCCGGGUGGUGCCCGCUCGGAAGGAGCCGCCCGUCCCCCACUACCGGCGCCGGCAGGGCAGGAGCGCGGGGCUGCCCCGCUCCGCCGUCGGCCGCGGGGGGGAGCGCUGCCCGGCCCGGCUCCCCGCCUCCCCGCGCCGGACGCCGGCCUGCAGCCGCAGACUCCGAGCCGCCCGGAGGUGCCGCCGCCCGCCCGGCUCGGUUCGGUUCGCGUGCCCGAGGCUGCUCCAGCCGCCGGUGCCUCCUCUUCGCCCGCUCCGGCUGCCUCUCCCUACCCUCGCAGCGGGGAGGGCAGCCCGGCGCAGCCCUCCUCCCUCCGCCCGCCCUCCCACCCACCGCCGCGCACCCUGAGGAAGGGCUUGUUUUCCCGGCCGGAUGAUGAAUUUCUCCGCAAGGUCAUCUCUGCCCGUGGCGGCGGCUCGCCCGCGGCUCCCCGGGCGCUGCCGCGGAGUCUUGAGGUCGCUAUGACUGAUGCUUGCUUCUGAACUAAGGUGCAGGUUCCUGCUGUGUUUGUAGGUGUGGUCUGACUAUCAUUUGGAGCAGCAGCAUCACAGAGGGGAUGCAGUGACCAUAUCUAAAUGGCCUCCGUAUCUUUGUGAUCUCCAGAGCAGUCCCCUGGGUUAGCCCUUCCUGUGCAGCAAAAUACUGCUGGUAGCCUGCCCGCUGGACCCACUGUCCUGCAAGAAGGCUCCCAGGAGAAGCAAGCAGCGAGCCCCAUACCUGAGGCAGUCCAUGGGGACUGUACCACAUCCCCUGGGACCUGCCACACUCUCCUUGGUCACUGCUCCUGAAGAUAAGGACCACCUGGGAGACCUGCCACCUGUGAAGCAGCUGCCUAAGGCUCAUACUGCAGAGAGGGCCAGCAAUGGCUUCCCCUGCACAACGCUUGGUUCUGCAACCUCUUGCACCUGUGACCUGAAGCGCACCGACACCCAGAGGCCUGAGGAUGACAGCCUUCUUCCUGGGUUCUCUAGCAAGGCUGCAGGGGGCCCUCAGGCAGCUCUAGAGCUAGACCCUGUUGCAGUGGCCUGCUCAUCAGGGUGUGGGCCUGACAUGAUGCCAGCCCCACAGAACUCCCAGCAGUUCAUGCAGGGUGGCCAGAUGAAGGUGAAUGCUCUGGUGCAGGUGGAAGAUUCUGCUGUGAAGGCUCAGAGGGCUGAGGAGCAGCCAGUGCUUCAGGUGACCCAGUGUCCUUCACCAAGCAGCCCAGUUGGGGGUAAUGAGUCCUGUCUUACUUCUCAGGCAAGUCUUCUGCAAAGAGGAGAAAAAGGCAGGAAAGCAGAAGAAGCUGGUACUCAGCCUGCCUCUCCAGCAAAGGACAUGACCACUGAUCCUGGGAGAGACCCACAGGAGGCUGUGGAUGCAAAAAGUAGGGCUGUAGGCACUGAGCAGCUGCAUCCUGCUGAUCAAACUGAGACAAGGCAGAGCAGCCAGUCACCAGCCCAGCUCAGCCAUGAGGGGACGCAUCCUGUACGUGAUGCCAGUGUUGAGCCAGGGAACUUGGGCACAACCCAUCUCUCCAAAUUCAGAGAAACGGGUACAAUGACAGUUCAGUCUGAGUGCAGCACUUUAACUCAGGAAGCAACAAGCAGGACAUGGAGAGAUGCCGAGGUUCAGGCUGUGGCUACUGUGGAGAGCAAAUCGGCCUCUACCAGCCCCAGCAUCCUUGCUGCCUUCUUAAAAGGGAAUCCUCCUCCUGAGGAUAAGGAAGAACUGCACAUCAUUUACCAAGCCAGUGGGGGACUGAGACAGUCUAAUCUUGUUGACAGCUUCUCCUCAGAACAGAAAUCCCCACGUUCUCCUGGUACUGUGCUGAAAUCAACCACUGGUAUGGCUGUGGCUGCUACAGCCCAAAGCCAGCCUGCUGGGCUUCCUGCAGUCUCACCUGAUGCGUUGUCUGCUGAAGCUGGGGACAAUGCAGAGCCCACCCUCCCCUUAUCUUCAGCAGCUGCCACCUCCCAAGCGACCCCUGUGAGUGCUGCUGAAGGGAUGGAUGCAGCCAGUGGUGGUAAGGGCAACACUGUGCUGCUGGUGGAUGCUGCAGCCCUGCCAAAGUCAGUGCCUGCCCAGCAGCUCGCCAUUCACCCCCAUCAUCAGCCUGUAGCUGGCAAAGAAAACACUGCUUCUGCUGCUGGAACUGAGAACAAGGUGCAGUGCCUUGUCCACGAGGCAAGAAGCAGCCAGUUACCUUCACUCUGUCACACACAGGGUGAAACCAAGCAGAAUGAAGUCCUGGGCAGCUCUGAGCAGUGUCAGAGUGCAAAUAAAGCGGAGGUGAUUCCUCAAUCUGUGGCAAGACAAAAGGAGGAUGACUUGAUGGUGCUGGAUACCCAGGGAGUGGUAAACACAAGCAGUGAGCCCGCCAGCAGAAAGGCUCACACAGGGAAGGCAGGUGGGGAGCAGCAGAGCAGAGGCCAAGAAGAAGCAAAGCAGAUUUCAGGAGCUAGCGGGCUGCAGACAGGAGUGACGGCUAUGCCAGGCUGCAGCUCCGGACAUGUUAGCCCUCACCCAGAAGCCUCAGCAGCUCCCCAGCAGCAGGGCCUUCAGGCCAAGGAGACUAGGCCUGAGAUUCAUGUCACAGCUUGUCCUUCUUCGGCUCAGGCCUUGCCAAAACAUGAGGAAAAGAAGCAGCCCACCCCAGCCACGGAGGCAAAAGUGCAGGUGAAGCAAUCCAAGCACAUCAGGGAUGUUGUCUGGGAUGAGCAAGGCAUGACAUGGGAGGUGUACGGUGCUUCCCUUGAUCCUGAGUCGCUGGGAAUCGCUAUCCAGAACCACUUACAGAGACAGAUACGAGAACACGAGAAACUGAUCCAGGCUCAGAACAGUCAGAACCGGAAAUCCAUUUCCUCAGAUACGUCCUCAAAUAAGAAACUGAAAGGGAGGCAGCAUAACGUAUUCCAGUCCAUGCUGCAGAAUUUUAGGCGUCCCAAUUGUUGUGUACGACCUGCUCCGUCAUCUGUGUUAGACUGAAGCAGUCUGCAGGGGUGGGUAGAUGUCUGCAGUGGUAGUGAGAAUCCCUCCUCCCGAGUCCUGCUGUUCAGUUGUGUCAUUGGGGUUGCAAUGCAGCAACAGUGGAAAUUAUUCUCCUUUGUUUUCUGAGUAGGCACUCUCUCCAUCACACCUUCAUCACUGCCACAGCUGGUGUAUUUCCACAUGAUGCCCCAUCCCCGAUCACUGUCAGAUAAAAGCUAGGCACUUAGCAUAAAGCACAAAUAUGAAUUACCACCUUGCUGCAGGGAAUGCAGCACCUUCUGAUAAAGCUAGAAGCAGAGAGAUUAUCAGGUUGACUGUCAGAAAUUAUUGGUAUACAUCACAAGGUCUUAUGCAAGGGAAAAUGCUGGGGGGAGCUGGAUGAGGUGAAACUAAGGUUAACAGCUGUAAACACCUGGAGCACCACAACCUUCCUUGUUUAAGUUGCCUACGCUGAGGCAAGUCCAUGAGAUGGUUACGGAUGCUGAUCACUAGGCAGGCGUACUCCUGUUGAUUCAGUGGAGCUCAGAUUAGGUGAGCCUGACAGAGCUGGUUCUUUUCCCAUUGAAGUGGAGGACUGAGGAAAGAGUGACAGUCAGGGCUGAAGGAUUUUCUCUGGGAGAAGAAGCUGAGUGAAUGGGAUUUUGAUGAGGGGACGAGAGAGGUGUGAGUGUGCUUGCAAGCAGGUGGUGCCUUCAGCUUGGGCCAGACAUGAGAGCACGCAUAGCGAGGUUACCUGGCAUGCCACAUGCCAGCCCAGCAGCCCUGUGUCACUCCCAGCCUCCAGCAGUGCAGAACGCUGUUCCUGUAAAGCACUCUUUAAAGUGGUGUGGGUCUUUUUGCUCACUUCAGAGAUGCAUAGUAAUAUGUUAGAGUAGGAGCAGGCUGUGCUGUGAGCCUAGGUCCAUGAACUGAAGUGUUUAGUGUGUUGUGCUGUUCUCAUUUUUUUGUCCUUGUAAGUCCUUAUCUGAAUCUAUUUAUUUACUUUUUUCCACUAUUCUGGUGCUUUUCUUGCUGCCUUUCAUAAACUUGAUACCAUUUAUUAGCCUGUGCUUUCCUUGUUUUGCCUAAUGCUCUCUAUAUUACAAACAUAUUGAUAACUUGAAACAUUUACUUUGUAGAAGUACCAAAAUCUUGAGACAAUUUUUAGUGUAUUUCUAAUAUUAGAGAAGUUGUAGAUUCUGCUAAUAAGAGGUAGCUUAGUGAUUAUUUCUCCAGGAGUGUGCUAUAUUAUAAUGUCUCAAAUGUACGUAUGUCACAUUUCUCAGCUUAGUAUUUUGCAGCCUGGGAGAUGUGUUUCCCACCAGCUUUUUGUUCUGUUGGAGUUCAGGGGAGGCUGAGGAACUCCUGCACUUUGUAGGAAAUAUAGUUUUCAGUUCUGCAGAGCACUGGGGAUUUGGGUAUUGUAAUCCUGCAGAGUACUGCAGUUAAAUAGGAGUUAUUUUUUAUUCCAUUAAGAAUUUUUUCACAAAUCAUAAUGAUAAUUUAUUUGUCUGUAGUAUAAUACAUCAGACUUGUUCUGUAGGUCUCACAAGUGUUAGUAUAAUUUCUUAUCUUUUUGUCUGUGAAGUAGCCCUGAGGUGGUCAUCUUUUAUUUAGAAGACUAGAUUUUCUGAGUGUGUCAACUGCCAAGACUUCAAAGCAGCUGUUGAGACACCUUUUUCCCUAUGUAGGGGGUAAAACACUGUAAAGUAUAUAUAUUAGACAAUAUUUUAAACUCAUUCAGUGAAAGCUGUUGGCUUUGGCACUGAAUUGGCUCCUAAUUUUCCUCUGGUGUGUAUUUGGGUCUCUGUGGCACCUCCUCAUUCCAUUUCUGUGCGUUAUUUCAUCUCCCAUCUGAUGCUGAAUUGUUGAAUCUGAAAUACCGCAUCAGAGUGUCUUCCCGCAUCUGUCUACUAGGAUGAAAUUCUUCUGUCUUUUUGCUAGUGCUGCUGUUCACAUCACCUUCUUAGCAGAGUCUGAGAUGUGAGAUUUUGUGUGGGAUUAAUUGCAGCAGCAUCAUUAGGUAAGGUUAGUUGAUGAGUUCAGUGUCUCUUACCACGUUGUGUCUGUGUUAGGCUCUGAUUCCCAGAGUUCUUGGCAGUGUUUGCUAUCUCCUGUCAAGGCCCAAGGCUUUGUGUAGUUCCUUCCUACGCUUUUACCUUCUGCCAUCUCCCUUUUAGCUGCUGCCAGUCCUGUCCUCCUGUUAAACCAUGUCCUCUGACUGAGCUCACAUCCUUUCCUUUUACAGCACUGUGAUCUGACAUGCUCUGAGCUGUCCCUGUACAAAUGUCCUCUUCUAGAGGAGAAUAAACAUCUGUCAUUCACUGACCAACUUCCAUGAACUUUAUCCUUUAGCUCAAGCUCUCCAAAAUGUUUCUAGAAUAUGGGUAUGAAUAAUUUGAUUGAGGCUGAACUGAGCUUAGCAAUGCAUGAGCACUGGAGUUAACAUUUCUUCAGGAAGAAUCUCUGGAUACCCUGCGGCUGCUUCCAGCCAGGAGUCUUCACCAGUCGCUCCACCCCCACUUUUCCCCACCAAGCAACCUUUCUUCCAGGAAAAUUUCACCAAUACAGACGUACAGCAAAACGUUGCUGGUUAGAUAACCAAGUGGAUGCAUCUGAACAACUGCAUGGGCAUAGCUGGAAAAAACACGUUGGUCAGCAGAGCAUUGUGCUUUUGCACUCUGUGAAAAUACUUGUGUGCAGACAAACUGCAAAAUGUCAGCAACACGGAGCUCCUGCAUUUGAAGCCAAGCAAUAAUGUGCCAAAACAAACACACAAAAAUGAAUCGAUAAUCACCAGCACAUCUCAUGUAAAAUACUUUGUGUUUCUACUGUGCCCUCCUAGGGCAGACUGUAGGCAACCUGGUAGCUUAACACUGGCAAUUUAUGGUUUCUUGUGCUUACAAUAUCUAGAUGAUGCCGUGAACACUCAGAUGGAUGGUGUAUGUUUAUCAGAAGGAAAACAAAACCAUGUUUUGGGUAGCAAUUUGCAAGUUCAUGUGUGAUUGGCCUUUUAGCAGCCAAGGAAGACUGUUCUUGGUGUCGUAUCAGCAUCAAAAAUGUGCUUGGAGUAGUAUAUGGCAGAGCAUAAAGGGAGAUGAUCCAUGUGCCUUCAUCCUGCUCAUCUUCCUGGCCCUGUGACUCAGCAUCACAGAGCAUUGAUUGAAUAGUUAACUACCAAGGAAAUCCAUUUGGGAUAAUAAUUUAAAAAAAAAAAAAAAAAAAAAAAAAAAAAAAAAGGGUAUGAAACAAAGAUUACUUUGUCCUUCCCGUGUGUAAAUCCAUAUAGGGAAAAACAAAACCAGAGGAAACUGUGUUGCAGCCUGAUUAGAUGAAGUAACUCUUAAAUUCAGUUUGUUGGAAGAUGAGACAAGGGAAACAAGUUAAUUGUAAGGAAACUUCUCUGUCGGAGCUUCUGGAGAGACUGGUGUGGCCAGAACCAAGACCAGAACAGUUACUGAGAAUACAAUGUUUACUUCUGUGUUUCAGUGUUUCCAAUACAAAAGCUGAAUUGAAGGGGAACCCUGUUGUGGGCAGUUUGUAGUGUGGCCCAGGUUUCGUUUGAGGCCAUGAUGACUCCCGCUGUCUGUGCACUUGGUGGAUGUCUGCUGGUUUCACAUUGCCUUGGGCACAAGUGUCAAAGUCUUGCCUCAUUUCCGUUGGUUCUCCUGACCUCUGCUGGCUUAGAAAAACAGAGUGAGGAAAGAUAAGGAGACAAGGAGGAAAAUACCUGUCUUCCCCAUUUCAGAGGUAGGAAACCUUCCUUGGAACAGUUAAGAAGGAAUUACUGAGAAAAGUGGGGAAGGAAAGACCAAAUGACAACUAAAAACUAGUUUUAUGUGUUCCUCAUGGAGAUAUUUCUGUGUCCUUAAAUGUUUUGCUUAAUUUUUGCAGUUAUCCCACUUGUUCAUUCUGAGCUCACACAUUUUUUAUGUUCUAAGUGUUCCAUGGCUAUUAGGAAAAUGAACUAUUGGAAAAGCUGUAUAUUUUGCUAGUGUGUAUAGAUAUAUGCAAAUAUGAUUCAAUAAAACUGAUCUUAUAAAGUAACUGGUGAUAUCAGUAGGUGAACAACCUCCAUUUAUUACCACUACUACCACGUAAGAGCUUGGAAAAUGUGCUGUUUGGAGAAGUACCUUCAGGGGAUUCAGAAAAAGGAAAUAUAUGCUCUAAAGAUAAUGCUGGCUUUUAUCUUCAGUGUCAUGACUGCUUUGAAGUGUUACAGUUAGAAACAGAAAUGCAAAUGAAAAUCGGUGUUGAAGUUGAUGGAAAAUUCCUUUUGGAAGUUUGGUGGAAUCUACCAUAUCAGUGUUUAACUACUUAGCAAAGUUUUUAUAAGUGUAAAAGUGUAUAACUGAAAAUCUUGCAAGUUUAUUAGGCUGAUUCUCCAUUGCCUUCUUCCAUGUCUCUUCCUUUACACCUUUUAAAAAUGAAUGCAGAAGGUUACCAAGGCAUAGUAAGCCUUUCACAGUAAGCCUAUGGAGAUGACAGCUCUGAAUGCAAGAUAAGCGUUCAUCAAGUUCCAAGGUCUGGAGCAAUAGAGAGCCUCUUGCAUUCAGUGUUUCAGUUCCAUCGUUUAGAAAGGUAAGGUCUAUGCUCUGAAAGAAACCAUCCCCUCCUUUUUUUUUUAAAUCUUUUUCUGUUUUAGUAGCAUCUCAGCCUUUGUUUAUUUUUUAGGGUUGCUUUUUUUCUUUUUUUUAAGCUUUUUCUUAGUCUGGUUGAUGCUUGUGUGAGUGGUCACUGUUUUCAAAGUAAUCCCAAAGGGGUACACAUACCUUCCUAUCCAAAUUCUGCACACUACCAAGUAUCUCUGGCGUCUUGGAGUACUGCAGUGACCAGUGGGCUUGAAGAUCAAGUCCUGUACAUUGGAAUGGCUGAAAUGUUCUCGUAAGGGCCUAAAUCUCAUUAUCCCACUGGAGUUAGUGUAGCUAUUUAAAAGAAAGAAGUGUAACAGCUGAACUGAUCCAAAGUGAAAUGAACAUCAUUCAUUUUUCUGAAGCUCUGAGAUUUAUUAAUUUGUCUGCUGUGUUCUUUUCUGAGCACCUCUUCUUUCACAGCAUUUAUGAUGUGGAUUUUGAAUCAAAUCUUGGAAAGAAAGGUUUUGCAAUGUGAAUCUUUCAUCAUUCAGGAUUCUUUAAAGAAGAAACUGGUAGAGCCCAGCUGCACAGAGAGGAAAUACUUUUUCCUCUAAGAAAGUUUGCUGUAGGUGUAGCUUGUGUGUGCUCAUGUACUUCUGUGCACACAUUUAGAAGAGCUGUACAUAUGUGUAGGGCUCAUGCAUUGCUCAUAUUCAAAGGGUUUUUUUCCCUUUGCCGUUUCUAAUUGAAUGCUGGAGGCUCAACGUUUCCCACAACUUUAAGGCAAGUUUAGAUCGCUCUGCAGUAGUGAAUAGAAACAAAGAUUUUAUCCGGUCUCUAAAUUAAUUCCCGGAGCUCUAGCUAACAAAAGUCAAUUGGCCAAUCUCCGUGUUGAGACUGUCAACAAAAAGCAGAGUGGCUGACUUCAGAGCUUUGUGGAAACCAAUACUUGGAUAUACAAAUGGGUUUCUUCACAAAGGCUGUGGGUGACAGCAGGCGUCGGAGCUCAUUAGGGACAGAAUUAUAUGAACUGAGUCGCUUUGAGGUUUUGUUAAGUUUCUGCAUAGAGUAAUGACCUCUGGCAUAGAAAUAAAUGACAGCUCUUCCAGCAAAGUCCCCAGCAGUUGUAUGCUGCAAAAUACAAGUUUCUCAGAUGCUUCUUAGCAACACCACUACAACAGUUGAUCCAUCUGUUAGCGGAUUCUCCCCAAAACACAUGCUAUGUCUCAGUUCAUGACAAGUAGUUUCAAGUACAUUAAACCCAGGUUUAGAUGCUGUCAUGAGAAGUUUCGGUAAUGGGGAAAAAUGAAGUCCAAAUGCUCCUGAUAUAUACAAUCAAGCCUCAGGUCUGAGGUUAAGGUCUCAGUAGCACACUGAAAAGGGAUGGGAGUUUGUGUACAGAGCUAAAGGGAGAGGGGAUGAGUGAACUCUGAAUUCCUGGCCAUUGCAAGCACCACAAAAAGGAUGGCCAUAAAUCAGUCAGCAGAAGAAGAAAAACAAUUUUGGUGUUUCUAAUGAUGACUAAUGUUAUCGUGGCUUUAUUAUUUUUAUAGUUUUACUGACUGAACGUGAUGUACUGUACGAAGUAAAGCUAGUUUUAGGCUUCCAGAUGUACUGUGGCAUUUAUUUGAGACAUACCAACAGAAGUCUGCAUGUGAAGAAGUCGUACAAUGAUAUAAAGCAAUGUUGCUCGCCUGAUUGAGUUCCUUAGGAAUUUAAUGUUUUGCUGUUUUACACAUUCUGGUUUCCAUGCUGAGUACAAUAAAAUGAACACUGUCUUAAUUA